UUCCAAUAUGCAUCAAUAUAAAAUUUGAGAAAAACAUUCUUCCAGCUGAUUGGGAAAGUGAUGACAAUGAGUAUGAUGAAUUUAGUGAUAUUGUUGAACACACAUUAUAUCAUAACGACUUCAUAAUACCCGAUCUUCCAUCACAAUGUAUGCAAAACUAUGUAAGUAUGUAACCGUGUUGUUAACUUUGUAGUCCGUGGAGGACGGAGGUAUUAGUUUACCUCCACGGCUCCACGCCAAUGGUCGUUGAGUGUUCCACAAACCGUUAUCAUCGAUGUAUUUUAUUAAAUUUUAAUCGUCUCUGAGAUAACCUUGUCAUCGUAAAGCCUAAAGGUUGAUUUUCUGCGAGUGGUUUCAGACAGAUUUUUUUUUUGUUAACGCCCGUAAGCACGUUAACUUUUUUACAACUUUAAUUAAAUCAAAACUCACCAUGCUUGGUUCAAAAGCCGUACAAGCGCUUAGGCAAUUCUCGACUACUGCAGUUAGAAGAGGACACGCUUAUGAAGGUCCGGGACAUAAUUUGCCAUUUGAUGUGUUCAGCAAGUACAAAUUUACUCUUUACACAGCACUUUUCUUUAGCUCCGGUUUUGGUCUUCCAUUCUUAAUGGUCAGAUACGUCAGGAAGAGGAGUGGAUAAAUAAUUGUCAUCAAUUUUUUAUG